AUGGCCGUCAUGUCUACUGCCCAUGCUGCGAGCGUGCCUAGCAACUUUGUGAGCAUUCAAAAACGAUCCGAUUUCAAUUUCAGCGAUCUUGGCGAUAUAUUCGGUAACAUCGCAGGCAAAAUAUCCAGUGCGAUUAAAGAUAGCAAGCUUGGCAGCUCCAGUGCAGGACAAAAAGCCAGUAAAAUUAUCAAGAACCUUGAAGAAUCCGUCAAAGGAGUUUUCGGUAUCGUCCAAACGAGUAUAAACAAGCAUAACGGUAAGAUCAGCGAUGAGGAGACCGCCAGUGGUAUAAUCGGCGCAAUUGGAAGUAUUGGAUCAUCAAUCAGCGAUGCUGUUGGAAAUGGUCUUGACUCGGAAGACGAAAAAUCAUCUGCCAAGAUAGCUGGCGGCGCUAUCAAGAUGAUAACUGGCGUUGCCGGUGGAAUUGCCGGAUCUGUUGGUAACGACACCACACAGAGCCAAGAUGGACCCAAUCAAACCGAGGCUCUACUUUUUACCAGUACUGUGAGUACCAGUACUGCCGAAUCAUCGCCUACUCGUAGAUCCCGGAAGCGUAAAAGUCCAUCCAAAAAGUCUAAUUCUGCUCCCAGCGCUACUAACAGCAGCAAUUAA